AUGCAUCGCCCAAUUGCCGACAGUAAGCAAGGAGUCAAGCUCGACGAGCUUUCUUUCAUCGCUUCGCCUUCCGAUACCAACAGCAAGAGCAAGAGCAACAGCAACAGCAACAGCAACAGCAGUCACAGUAGCAGCAUCAGCAUCAGCGCCAUCAGUAGCCAGCAGUGCACGCCCAACAUCUUGACGCCACGCCCACGUCGUCUUGAUCCCUCAGUCUCGCCUGGACCUGCGCCAAGCAGCCCAGCAGCAGCAGCAGCAGCUGCAGAAAGCGUUGGACACUCAGACGGGAGCGCGCGUCAGGGUCAAAUAUCCAGACCUGAAGCUGAUUCAGAUUCAGCCCACAGCGCUCAUCAAACACAGUCAGAGUCAAAUUUGAUUCAUCAAAGUGGGCCUGAACAGCACGGGCAACAAAACAACACAUCAACAUUAUUACCUGCUGCAGUCAGAGCAUCGGCAUCUGCUUCUGCUUCUGCUUCUGCUUCUGCUUCUUCCGCCGCAUCAAAGGCAAAGCAGCUGCUGGCUUCAUCAGGCUCAGCAUUACCGCGCCAAGGCGCAAAACAUCUGUCACAGCCCCAGCCCCAGCAGCAGCAGCAGCAGCAACUUUCGGCUGAGGAAGCCCAUCAUAGUGCACGCUCAGCACCGCUGGCACCCGCUGAAUUGGAGCUCCACAGCUUGGACGCCGCCUCUGCUUCCACUCGCUCCUACAUCCCUCCUCCCUCGCCCACCCUUUCGCUCUCAUCUUUCAAGAAUAUAUGGGGCAAGCUUCCAGCAAAGGGCACGACAAGUAGCGCCAGCAGCAUAAGGAGUGCAGCCAGUAGCGUCGCCUCCAAGCCUCCUUCCACCGUACAGUCGUCGAAUCCCAAGCAGCCCAUCACUAGCGAAGCCUGUCCCACCCUCGCUUCUUCGGCAGCCAUAUCCGCUCUGAUCGGUGAAGGUGCAGCAUUUGACAAGCAGACCAACAAGACACCCAAAGAUAAAGCUGGCAAUCUGGACCUGUUGAGGAAGCGUAGAUCUGCACUGAGUGGGAGCUCCAAAGGCAAGGAGAAGGCGCAUAGAGACGGCGAGACGGCUUCCAGCGGCACGCCCACCAUCUCCAGCGCACCAACUUCCUACGACUUGCAGGAAAGUGGCGGUGCUCCAGCUACGUUGUUGGGCAAAGCCCCUCCUUCCCCCGACUCGCGUCACUCUGCAGAACCGCUUCAGAAGCCUUUGCAAUCCUCAGCAGCGUCGAGCAAGUCGGCGCACACGAGCGACAAGAUUUCACGAGUGCAGCAAGCUCCGGCGGUCAACCCUGCCGAAUGGCGGGAGCCGAACAGGGAUCGCAAAUCGUCUAGCGGCUUCUUUUCCACGCUGAAAUCUUCGCGGAGUCGAAGCAGAGCUCGCACGAUGCCAGGCAAGACGGUUGCCAAGUCGGCAGCGGCGACAGUGUCGGGCGCAGCGGGUGGCGAAGAUCCUUUGAGCAGGGCCUUGAGACCACCUGCGGACGAAAGCAAUGCUGCGAGGUUGGAAAGACAAAGAAAGGAAGCUUCUGCCAAGAAGAGGAGCGAGGAGAUCGACAAGGCGCUCAAGGAAGAGGCUAUUCGCAAUAAGCGCGACAGGGCUGGAGAGCAGAAGAUGCUGCUGCUCGGUGAGUGGUUAGCUUCCAAAGGCGAAGGUUUGGGUGCAUUCGCGGGGCAUCAGUGACCGGACUGCUAACGCGAUCUCUUGCGUGACGCGCGCUCCACAGGUCAAGCCGGAGCAGGCAAGACAACAGUGCUAAAGCAGGUGAGUUGCAAGUGGUGCAGAUGCGCAGCCGGGAGCAAGCACGCUGAUGUUGGAAAGGCUUUGCCAGAUGCGGCUCUUGUACGAUCAAAGCGCUCACCAGCGCGAAAGGCGCAGCUGGAGGGUGGUGGUAUACCUGAAUCUCAUAUUGGCAGUGAGAGCAGUGUUGGAGGUCUUCGAGGAAUCGCACGAAGCUCGAGCGCUCAAUCCGCCUUCUGUCAGUAGGGGGCCUGGUGGCAAUGCUAGCGCGCAGUCCAGCACGGAAUCCUUGAACAGCUCCGCCAUCAAUCCGCUUGCCCACCGCAACAACCAUGGCGACACGAGCUUGGCCAGGCUGCGCUUGGCGCCCUUGCUGAGUCUGGAAGCUGAAUUACGCGCCCGACUGGGUGCGGUGGACGAGUAUGCUGACCUCUCGGACCCAAAGGUGGCUGGCGCAGCGUUAUUGGCAGCUCGCUCACAAGCUCGCGCAGAAGCAGCUAGACCACAGGGCAAACGUCGAGCUGGACCGACCCUGCUGUUGCGAGCAGGCUGGCAAGAUCGACUCCUUGGUCGCGCCAAGUUCAGCGACGACAAUGCUGACAGCAUCGGCAGCGCAAACACCAACGGUACCAAAUCUCGCUUGAGGUUCAAAAAACUAAACAUAGCUGGCCGACAAAGGAGCGCGAGCGUCAAUGAGCCACCGGCGGAUGCGGCGGAGGAGGAGAGCGUCCCUCCGCCCUUGCCAGACUUGGACAGCGGGGAUGUGCAGGUCGGAUUGCAUGAAGAUGAGAUUGGAAGACUUUUGCUAGCCAGCAUGGAAGACGUCAUGUCCAUCUGGCAAGAUCCUCGCAUUCGAAAGCUGCGAAGGAGGCAAAAGAUCGACGAGCGAGCGGAUGGCGCAAGCUAGUGAGUGCUGCUUCGCGAAGCGCCGCCGAUUGGCGCUGCUGCUGUGUAGAUGCUGACCUGAGAAUCGCUUGCGCAAUCAAAUAGUUUCUUGGAGCAAAUGCCACGCAUUGCAGCUGCUGACUUUUUUCCAACCGACGACGAUAUCAUGCGCGCUCGAGUGCGAACAGUAGGCAUCACGGAAGAUCGCUUCACGGUGGAUAGGCACACCACGUAUCGAAUUUGCGACGUGGGCGGGUCUCGAAGUCAAAGAGUGUUUUGGGCAAGCUUUUUCGAAGACGCGAGAGCCAUCAUCUUUUUGGCUCCUGUCUCGGCCUUCGAUCAAAAGCUCAUUGAGGAGCCGCGCAUGAAUCGCAUCGACGACAGCCUGGAACUCUUCGCCUCGAUCGUCUCCAAUCCCUUGCUACUCAAAGUGUCCUUGAUCCUCUUUCUGAACAAAAUCGACGUGCUCGAACGUAAGCUGGCUGCUGGAAUUCAGGUGUCGCGGUGCGUAUCAAGACUCGUGCCCAGUGCACAACUCGUGCGCACACUCACUCCUUACCGUUUUCCUCUUAGCUACUUUCCCGAAUACGACGGGCCGGACGAUUUUGAGCAAGUCUGGCGCUUCUUCCGAACCAAGUUCAGGGAAGUCCUCGCCUCGCACCGCUCCCUGGCGCGCGACCGACCUUGCUACGUGAGUCAGCUGGUGCUAGCUAGUACUGAUCGGUGCAAUGUUUCUGACGUCCGUCGCCUUUGAUGAGAUGUACACGUACAGAUUCACACAACCUGUGCGACUUCGACGAAGCAGAUCAAGGCCAUCUUGGUCUCGGUGCAGGACACCAUUCUGCGCGAGUGAGUUCUUAGCUUGCGGAUCGCCUUGGUUCAUGUCAGCUCUGACACGGUUCACUCUGUGCAGAAAUCUCAAGGCCACCGGCAUGGCAUAG